AUGGACGUGUGUAGCGAGAACAGCGCGACUCCCGCGGAUGGACCGUCAAGAGUGAAGCUUCAACUCCCAGCUAGCUGUGAUCCACCACAACUUGAAGGCGAGAGGAAGCAGUUGGUCUGGGUUGUAUUUGGUGGAACCGGCCACAUGGGUAGAUCUCUUGUCAAGUCCGCCUUGUCCAAAGGAGAUCUCGUCACUUCCGUGGGCCGUGUGUUCGAGACGACACCGGAGGAAAUGGUAGCACAGCAGGACAAUGAAAAUUGCUUGGGGAUGCUGUGUGACGUUCGAGCGAGAGACUCGGUAGCGCGGGUCAUUGAACGGACCUUGGAGCGGUUCCAGCGAUUUGACGUCGUAGCCAACUGUUCUGGCUAUGGCGUAAUUGGAGCAUGUGAGGACCAGGAUGAGCACGAAAUCCGCAAUCAGUUCGAGACGAACUUCAUGGGCACUUUGAACAUUAUCCAAGCCAGCCUACCUUACUUUCGCCAACAGAACGGCGGCCGCUACCUGAUUUUCAGCUCGACGUCAGGAGCUCUGGGUGUUCCAGGCCUCGGCCCCUAUUGUGCUACCAAAUACGCCGUCGAGGGACUCAUAGAAGCUAUGCUUUACGAGACAGACUCAUUCAACGUCAAGGCAACACUCGUAGAGCCGGGGUUCGUCAGAAGGGACGAGCCAGAUACCCUUGCAACACCGUUACCAACCUGGGGUCAUUUCCUCAUCAAACCUGCGAGCGAUGCCUACGCACAGGCAACAUCACCAGCGUUGCAUGCCAAAAGAAUGGUUCAGUGGCUCGGUGACCGGCAGCCGACAAGCGCCGUCAAGUGUGCGGAGCUCGUCUGGCAACUAGCUCAUUGCUCGUAUCCCCCGCUGCGGCUCCUUCUGGGGAGCUAUGCAAUAGAGAGUAUUCGUGAUAGGCUGCGGUCCGUCACCGAAGAAUUGGAGGAUUGGAAACAUCUAAAUUUCCCCGCUCCGCCUGAUGAAGGGGAGGGAAAGGAGGCGCAAGCAGAUCAAGAUGAAAGCAUGGCCGACUCUGGGCAGGAUGCGCCUGGCCAGGUAACUGCGUAG